AUGGAAAUGUUUGGAUACUUCGAGAAGACAAUUUCGGAUUGUUAUGAUUCCAAAGGAAUUAAGCGCAAAUCCGACAAUGACGGCAGUGGCGUUCUCACGGAGCUGUCUAUUGACUUGGUUGUGGGUGUAAUGCGGACUUUACUGUACGCCGUUAUCAAUUCGAUACUUUUAAUACCGAAGCUAUUUUAUUUGUACGUAAUGUUUUGGAAUUAUGCGACAAACCGUUUCUGGAAAAUCAUUAAAAUGGACUACUCGUUCAAGGCACUCUUUCAGAUGUUCGUGUUAUCGGGACAAUUCGUCAUGUUUCAUCUACUACUGGAGCGGUGCGCUUACUUUUUGUAUUUGCCAAUAUCAAAAUUUAUUGUGUUAUCGCUUCGAGUCCUUUUGAUUUUGUUCGGUAAAGGAACUCGUUAG